CUGCAGGGAGGAAAAGACGAGGAAGAAAAGGGCGAGGAGGACAAAAAGGAGGACGAGGGUGGGGAUGAUGAGGAGGAGGAGGAGGAUGGUGAUGAGCUUACUCCGAUUGCCACGCCAAAAAUUUUGAGUGGACUCAAAAUUCGGGAGGGGGAGGAGGAGGAGGAGGAGGAGGAGGAGGAGGAGGAGGAGGAGGAGGAGGAGGAGGAGGAGGAGGAGGAGGAGGAGGAGGAGGAGGAGGAGGAGGAGGAGGAUGAUGAGGAUGGUGAUGAGUUUACCCCGAUUGCCAUGCCGAGACUUUUGUAUGGACCCAAAAGUCAGGAGAGCAAUGCUGGGGAUGAUGGGGAUGAUGGUGAUGAGCUUACUCCGAUUGCCACGCCUAUAGCAACUGCUGUGGCCGUUUCACCAUCCAACUCCCCUGUGCUUCUUUGGAGGAGGAAUGAAGGGGAGGAAGGAGGACAAGAGGAGGAGGAGGAAGAGGAGGAUGAGGAAGAGUUCACUCCGAUUGCUGCUCCUGUGGUCUCUCACUCCUUGUCUGCACUCGAGCAGCAAAAACAGUCCAGGUUCAAUGAAUCUCCAAGGGCUGCUGCUGCUCCUGCUGCUGCUGCUGCUCCUGCUGCUGCUGCUGCUCCUGCUGCUGCUGCUGCUCCUGCCGCUGCUGCUCCUGCCGCUGGUGCUAGUAACAUUACAGGUGGUGCCGUUGCAGGUGGGGUUUCAGUAGGUGAAAUUUCAGGUGGGGUUUCACUAGGUGGUACCGGUGGGAGGCCCAGGCACAGGCAGUGCCAGUCGUUUUCCGGCUUUGACUUUGGCUCAGAUGCACCGGGACAGGCGUUUCCUGAGGCACAGCCUCAAAAGCGCAGGUUCAGUGUAUCUGGACAGGCAAUGUUUGAGGCGCAGCCUAAAGUGGUCAGGUUCAAUGUACCUGGAGAAGACGACAGGGGGGAGGCGGGUGGCGGGGAAAAUCCGGGGCAAACGGGGGGAGUGGAGCAACUGAGGGCGCGACGAGAAGAGGAGACGGGAUGGGAAGAGGGUGUGAUGAGCAGCAAAGCACGGUUCGCCAUCCCAAGGGGAAGAACUGAAAUCUUGAGGGCUGCUUCUGCUGCUGCUGCCGCUGCUCCUCCUGCUGCUGCUCUUGCCGCUGCUGCCGCUCCUGCUGCUGCUCGUGCUGCUGCCGCCGCUGCUGCUGACAGUGAUGGGGUUUCAGGUGGUGGAAAUUCAGGUGGUUGGGCAUCGUCAGGUGAAAUUUCAGGUAGUGGGGGCAGUGGUAAGACCAGGCACAGGCAGUGCCAGUCGUUUUCCGGCCUUGACUUCGGCGUGAAUGCGUGGGUUAUGGGGAGCGACAAAGACGGAGGGAGAGGAGUGGCUAUAGCAAGCACAGGGCGUAGAGAGGAGGGCUUGAGUGUCCCCAAGAGGGGUGCUCAAGUCUCCUCGAGGGGUGGUGGGCAGCAGGGACAUGGUGCCUCAAGAGGAGGUGAUGACGUGGCAGGCAGAAGGGAGCGACGUACAUGGGAAAGAAUGUGGAAAGGGAGGGCGGGAAGCGGGAGCAGAGGGGGGGAGAUGGGGGAGGCGGGGUUGGGGGAGGGGAAGGGGAGGGAGAGGGGAUGGAGGGAAGGGGGGGACUGGGGGGAGGGGAAGGAGUGGAGGGAGGAGGCCGGGUUGAGAAGGCUGAGGCGAUUGCUGCAGAGGGAUGAGGAGAGAGUUCAGGUGAGAGUUCAGGUGAAAGUUCAGGUGAUGGCUCAGAUGAAAGGUCAGGUGAGAGUUCAGGUGACGGUUCAGGUGAGAGUUCAGGUGAGAGUUCAGGUGAGGGCUCAGGUGAGAGUUCAGGUGAGAAUUCAGGUGAGGGCUCAGGUGAGAGUUCAGGCGAGAGUUCAGGUGCGCAGCAGGCAGCACAGUGCAGCAGUGGCGACAGCAGCAGGUGCCACAGUGCCAGGUGGCGGGCUGCGAUUGGUCAAGGGGUCGUCGGCGGCAGUGACUCGCAUUCAUGGGCGCAUCUUCCCCGAGGGGCUCUACUACAUAGCAGUGGGUCUCGGCACCCCCCCCCGCACCUACUUUCUCGACAUAGACACGGGAAGCCAUGUCUCCUGGGUGGCGUGCGAUGCUCCCUGCGUGAACUGCGCUCAGGGCCCCAACCCAUGGUACGACCCCUCCCAUGCCUCUCUGGUGGACUGCCGUUCCGACCUCUGCCAAGCCGCACAGACAGGCUUCAUCCGAGGCUGCUCCUCAGGCUCGGAAGGUGCCGAAGCUGAGGGUGUGGCUGGGGGGGGUAUGGGGAUGAAGAAAGGGGAGGGGGUUCACACCAAGCCACGGCAUUUACAAGAGGCGUCCAGAGGGGUUAUGAAUGGUACCAGCAGCGUUGCAGCAGGUGCUGCUAGUGCUGCUGGUGGUGCUGGUGACAGCAACCAGAGUGACAAUAACGAGGGUGACAGCAGCAGCAGCGGCCAGUGUGACUAUGACAUAGUGUACGCAGACGGAAGCAGCUCCCAGGGUGUGCUUGUAACGGAUAGGUUACUGUUCCUGCACCCCUCAGGCACACUCAAGGCCGCGCAAUUCACAUUCGGCUGUGCAUACGACCAGGAGGGGGAUCUCGCCGUCUCCCCUGCUCGCUCCGAUGGGUUGCUGGGUCUCGGCCCAUCCAACCUCUCGCUCCCUGCCCAGCUGUCCAGAGCAGGGGCGGGGCGAAACGUGUUUGGCCACUGUCUCGAUUCGGCAGUAUCUGGGGGAGGUUACUUCUUCAUAGGGGAAGCGCUUUUACCCAGCACCCUCACCUGGACCCCCCGUGCUGCCACCAGCGACACCCGCUACUACCACGCAUCCCUCCUCCGCAUCUCCUAUGGUUCCAAGAAGCUUCCCAUCGACGAUCCCAAGGCGCUCCACAAUAAGCACGCAGGCUCUGCCUCUGCUUAUAACGAGGAUGGUGGAGUGGAGAGCGGAGGGGCAAUAUUUGACUCGGGGUCGUCAUUUGCAUACCUGCCUGCUGCACCAUUUGACGCACUGCUAGAGAUGGUAUCAGCCGAUGCAGCAGCAGCAGGCAUGCAGGCAGACACCACCGUGACUGUGCUACCGCACUGCUGGCGGGCGGGUAAAGGGGCAGCCGAGAUCAGGUCCACCGUUGAUGUGGCAUCUCAUUUCUCUCCGCUCACUUUCUCGUUUAAGUCACACUCCAUCUUCUCCACAUCAGCUGAUCUCUCCGUUGCUCCUUCAACAUAUCUCCUCUCACCGAGGCAUGGCACAGUUUGCCUUGGCAUUCUGGACGGAGAUGAGUCAAUCGCAUUGGGAGGCAAUUCCCGAACCAUCAUCGGAG